AUGGAUGGCGAAGACGAGGGUCACGCCGCAACUCAGCGUUUGCGCAGGCUGAUCAACAAGGCAGCUCACAAGUCCCUAGGCGAAGCGAAGAAUAUUACCGAGGACCACAAAUUGCCGCACUUGAUACAAAUUGUAGAGCUUUUGCAGAAACAGCAGGCUCAGUCUAAGCAGGUGUCGAGAGCCGACUUCGUCCAGCCACUUCGCCGAACCAUCUAUCACCGUUUGCAUGGUGGAAUUCACCAAGUUGCCAGUAAUGGUGACACUGCCUUCCUAGCAAGACUCUCUUCGUUCGAUUUCAGCACGGUCCGUACGGAGCUUCUGUCCGACUACUGCGAAGUACGGAAGUGGUUCUUCCAAUCCCAGCAGUACCAACAAUGGUUGAAAGGUAAGCCAUGGCAGCUCCGUUGCUACGGUGAGCCUAGAUGCGGCAAGACCACGUUUGCAGCAGCAGUAGCCCGAGAUAUCAAGAAGCGAUAUGAGGAAGGGGAAGACGUGGCCAUCAUCUCACUGUUCCUGCAGCGCACAAAUGAGAACGGUGAGCACGUCUACGAUGUGCCGCGUAGGAGCGCCCUUGAGGUCGUCUUACGGACAGUGUUGAGGCAGCUCAUCGAAGCUCAGCUGUCUCACAGUAUCGCUUCUGGCGUUUUGCAGAGUUUAGCUUCCAGCCGAACAGGGACCCUAGAUGUGAGCAUGGACGCUUUACGUGCAUAUGUUGUUACCGAGACCAAGACCUUCUCCCGCGUCUUUCUCAUCGUUGACGGCAUCGAUCAUUGCCCGGGCGUAGUGCAACAGGAUCUCAUCGCCGAGCUUGCGAGACUCUUGGGUGAGACGUCAGGAUUGCUUAGACUCCUGUCCGUACAAUCACAGCUUGAGCGGUCGGAAGUGGAGACGAUCCGGUGCGACCGGCCUGGCUGCACCAUGUCGAAUAUCGUACUGUAUUGGCAUUGCCAGCAGUGCGGCGACGGCGUGUAUCACAUAUGCCAGGCCUGCUAUGAAGAUCAGUACUGGUGCUUAGACAGGCAGCAUAACUUGAGGGAGCCAUACCGGCACAUCAAUGUUACCUUGAGUAGUCCUAGCGACGAGCUUGUCAGCUACGUCCAAGUAAGUCUGCGCAAGGAAAUAGACAAUUCCACAUCGAUCGGCAGACAAUUAAGCAAUGCGCAAGAGAUUAUUGAUAACGUUACAAAUACAGUUGCGGCUAAAGCUGAGGGAGUCUUUCUGCUUGCAAAGUUAUAUAUGGAGUACUUGCGAAGACGGCAAACUCUAGAUGAUGUUAUCAACAUCCUUGACCGCCUGCCAGUACACGAGGCGCAAUACUUCGACAGUAUGAUGGAAGGUGUUUCGAGCAACACGAACGACGAGGAGAGACACCUGGCUUUGGCAGCUCUUGCGAUUGUAGCAACCAGCUGUUAUGAGACCCGAGCGCUAAUCUUCGAAGAGCUUGUAGACGCUGUGCAACUGCUUGGUCUCCUCAAUGGCUCUUCGGUCGAGCGUCUGAGCGAGCAUACCCUUCUCAAGAUCACGAAUGGUUUCCUCAUCCUUGGUUCAUCAAACGAAGUCCAGCCUUUCCAUGCAACGGCCGGCAUUUAUUUGUACGAGAACUGUACUGCUGCCUUCACAACCGUAAACCUUGACAUGGUCAAGCUGUGCUGCCACGUCAUUCAAGACGCCCGGAAGCAGCUCGAUGACUGUGCUGACGAUGCGGUAGCACUCAUCGAGAUAGUCAACAAGAGGCCCUUCCUCCGGUACGCCUUACAGCACUGGGGCCACCAUGUGCGCAAGAAUUGUACCCCGGAGAACCUUGCGGCUGUGGCCCAUUUGCUGAGGUGCUAUGAGCGAAGCGUUGGCCUACAGCAACUCGGUGCUUGUGGCGGUGGCGGUGAUGGCGCUUACGGGUCAUGGCCCAGUGGCGACGUUCUACAUGUCUGUGCCUGGUUUGACCUCGUUGAACUUCUGAGUGGCCCUUGUGGGCUUGGAGACAGCUGCAGCAUCAACGCUCGUGAUGCGUUGACCGGACAGACGCCACUCAUGGUAGCGAUUGAGCAUGGCAAUAAGGCAUUCGUCAGUGAGCUGAUAAGCAUGGGCGCGGACACAUCCACCCGCUGCAAUCGUGGUAUAACGCCGUUGUGGCUGGCAGUAAGUCUGGCAGGAGAUGAACGCAGGGAUCACUUAGUCGAAGUGAUCCUGCCGAAAUGCAGUGAAGCGACGCUCAACGCAAGAAACGACGGUUGCCAUUGUGAAACGGUGUUAAUGCUGGCCAUUCGCGACCGGAAAACAAGCAUGAUUGACAUGCUUCUAGCGAGGCCUGACCUCGACCUAGCGGUUAAAGAUCGCUUCGGUCACACCGCGCUUCACGCAGCCCUUGCGAUCGCCAACACAGAGGCCAUUGAACGGUUGCUAGACCGUCAAGACUCGUCAGGCAUUCUGAACGUCGUGGACGCUUCCUUCGGUCGCAACCCUUGCAUGGUACUCAUGGAAUCAAGGUACUGGCCUCCUCAGGCUACAUCUAACAAUUCUUCGACCGAGCAGACUGAUCGUGCAACGAUGCUUGGGCAGCUACAUGCGCAAGGGGCGCAUCUCAAUAUGACCGACGACUUAGGGAGAAGUCUUCUACACUACGCAGCGUUACUUCCCACAGAGGAGCUCGAACCGAUAAUGAACUUUCUGCGGAAGUGCAGGUUGCAAAUCAAUGCGCAAGACGAGAUGAGAAAGACGCCACUACAUCAUGCGGUUGCCGUUCCUGGGACUGGAUGCGAUGUAGUUGAACUUCUGCUGCAGCAUGACGCGGACCCUACGCUUGAAGAUGUGGCGGGCUUGACACCCUUGGACGUCGCAGUGCUAAACAAUCAACUGAACGAGCAGACACCAAUCGUGGAACUCCUCGCGCGGCAUUCCGGCCUUUCAAACGCCCCGGAUCUUCGCGAUAUGCAGUCCUGGCAAGCUCUGGUCGCGGAGCUUGAAGGGUCCAAUGCGAGCCAGACAAACCGCGCCCUACCACUCCACCUGCACGACAUACAGCGACAUCCUCUAAGGUACUCUCUUCUGCACUGUGCGGUUGAGAGCUGCUCUCUGGAGGCAGUGAAGUCGAUACUGGAACAUAGCACCGACUCCCAAAAGAGUCUAAACUUUGAAGGGGAGACUGCAUUGUCCAUGGCCAUAGCAUACCUUGGCCAGGCAGGUCAAUCCAUGACUGAGAUAGUCACAACCCUCGUUGAUGCGGCAGAUGAGAGUAUUGUCGCACUUCCAGACCACCACGGCCACCUUCCCAUUGAUGUUGCAAUGCAAAACAUGCAAUGGGAUGUCGCGGUCCGCCUGCUUGGCAAGGGCUCGGAACUCCGGCUCACGCAAAAGGGGAAUCAAAUGCUCCUCAUUGAAGCUUUGCGCCUGAAUGAGCCCCGAGCGGUGGAGAAAUUGCUUGAAGCCGGUGCCAGCAUGCUUCAGCGCGACCGCGAGGGCAAGCUGCCCAUGCAGAUUGCUGAAGACGAGCAGUGUUCUGGGGAGCUUUUAAACAUCUUGUCUGCUCAUCAGCAACGCAUCUUGAAGCUCGUGUCUGGCUCAAUGAGGGCUUGCUCACAGGAUAAGUCGCUCAGAUAA